UUAAGACAACCGCCAAUAGCAUUUUUAAAUCCCAAAAAUCUGCUACUCUACAUCUCGGGCGAAUUCUUCAAUUGGAAACAAUGCUCACAUUUACAUGAAUUAUAUCCCCGGCCACUGCUUUGAAUAUAUAUUGUCGGACGAAAGGAAAUGAAAGAGUAUAAGUGAAAGCAUUAAAUGAGUUUGUUAUUAGUGAUUUAGAGAAUGGGGAAUGUGAUGACUGCAUUAUUAUCAGGUUUUGGUGAAAUUCUUGGCAAAUUGCUUGGUCAUCCACUUGAUUUUUUGUCUGGAAAGGCUUGUAGUUCAGUAUGUGCUCCAACAUGGGAUUUUCUAUGUUACAUAGAGAACUUUUGCAUCCCUCAACUGAUGAAAUCGGCCAUGGUUUCAAUCCUCUUAUACUUCGUUCUCUUAUUCCUCUACUUACUUUAUAAGUUGGGAAUUUGUCAGUGCAUAUGUCACAUACUGUGUAGAACUACUUGGGCUUGCUUCACCACUUGCUUCUCAGCCUUAGAUUGCUGUUGCUCUUGCCUUUGUUUCAAGCUUCAACAACUUCUUCUUACACCUAGACAUAAUAGAAGAAGUAGACAUCAAAAAGACAUUGAAAUAGCAGUGAAUAUUUCUAGCAAUUCUAGUGAAGCAGAAGGCUCUAUAAAAUUUGAUGAGACAAAGAGAAGAACAAGAAGAUCGAUGAGGGAACACAGGAAAGAGCAUAUGAGAAAGUCUUUGAGGCCAAAGAGUCAUAGAAUGCAAGUGGGAAUUUUUAAUGAUUCAAUCCACCACAAGAAGAAAAAGUUCAAAAAUGGGAAUAGUAAUCACUUUAGCCCUUUAGAUGCUCACAUUCGAGUGAGUAGAAGACCAAAAUUUGCACAAAAAGGAACAUUCAAGGGCUCAACACAUCCACGAAGGAGAACAUAAAGGGGUUCUUAGCUAUAUUGCUCGGACUCUUCAAAUAUCUCGUCAAGUGUGUGUCGGAUCCUAAAAUAGUGCAUUUUUUUAGGACUCGACACGGAUGUGAUAGCACUUUUAGAGAGUCCAAGCAACAUAGGUUCUCAGUCCUUUUGUCUUUUAAAUCUUGUAAAUUUUGAAGUGUUCUCCUAACAUGUAACUUAUGUACCUUAAUAGUGUAAAAAAAUGUUAUGUUAUAGGACAUUUUAUCUUGUUUUAACAAAAAAAGUCUUUGUAUUCCAAAUUACUGGUCCAAUUUUUUAUUGACGGUUAUACGUGCUAUCUUUUAUCAUUUUUUUGCGCGGAUUGCCCUUCUUUUGGGGUGGUCUUUAAUUUUUGCCCCUUAAAUUUGUGGGCUUUAAUAUUUGUCCUUCGUUUAACACCCAGAGGUCCUGAGUUCGAACCCAGGCUCAGUCAAAAAGAUAAAAAUAAAAUUGCAAGGUAUAAGUUGGGAUUCGCAAGGCAUAAGUUGGGCAUAAGUUGGGGUCCAACUUAUGCCUUGCAGAAAACUUUUACUCAAAAUUAGACCUUAAGGCAGAGAUUUGCAAAAUUCCAGCAAUUUUUUUUUUUUUUUUUUUUGCCUUAAGGCAGAGUUUGAAACCCAACUUAAGUUGGGGUCUAACAUUUUUUUUUUUUUUUAAAUUUUUGAUUGAGUGGAGAUUCGAAUCCGAAACCAAGGGGCUUUUAGCGAAGGGCAAAAAUUAAAGAUCACUGAUUUGAGGGGCAAAAAAUUAUAAACCACCCCCAACGAAGGACAAUCCUGCAAAUUUUCCA